AUGUCUCGGCGGAGAAAUCAACAACAUCUGGAUGUUGGUGAAGAUACAAGGAUUGCAGUAAAUUUAACGAUAAAAAAAUUAUUAGAAUCAGCAGAUCAAAAUGAGUUAGAAUUUCCUUCUUGUUACAUUGCUGAAGAGAGAGCUUACAUUCAUAAUUUAGCUCACCAAUUGGGGCUGAAAUCAAAAAGCAAAGGACGAGGUGCCAACAGAUAUGUAAUUGUUUACAAGCGAGAUGGCUCUACAAUAGUUCAAGCAGAUGCUGUAAUCAAAUUACAGAAAUUAUCCAGACAAUCAAUUUACAAUUUAAUAAAACAAUUUCCUCUGGAUAGCAAGGAGCGCCGUGACUUGUUACCACCUUCUGAAAAAGAAAAAGUAUUGGAUACAGAAGUUACAACUAAUAUAAAGGCAAUGGGAAGAUUAAAUAAUAGCAUACCUCAAGUUCCACAACUGAAAACAAAUUAUGAACUUUUAAACUUCCGCAACUCAUUAACAAUCAUGACAACACGUGAUGAAAUUUUGAGAAUGCUAGCCAAUAAUCAAGUUGCAAUUGUAUUGGGUGAAACUGGAUGUGGAAAAACUACUCAAGUUCCACAGUUUAUUUUAGAAGAUUGUCAACAAAAGCAUAAGCCAUGUAGAAUUAUUUGCACUGAACCUAGAAGAUUAUCUGCAGUGACAGUAGCUGAAAGAGUAGCAUUUGAAAGAGAUGAAAAAAUUGGGCAAACUUUUGGAUAUCAAAUUAGAUUGGAAAGCAGGGUUGCUCCAAAAACCUUGUUAACUUAUUGUACUAAUGGUGUUCUUUUGAGAACUCUAAUGGGAGAUGAUUCAGCUUUAGCUAUGAUAACACAUAUUAUUGUAGAUGAAGUUCACGAAAGGGAUAGAUUUUGUGACUUCUUGUUAAUUGUAUUGAAAGAUGCACUCACAAAAUAUAAAUCUUUGAAAGUCAUCUUAAUGAGUGCAAUGAUAGAUCCUUCAAUAUUUAUAAGAUAUUUUGAUAAUUGUCCAGUGAUUUACAUACCAGAGAAACUAUAUAACGUUGAUGUUUAUUACUUGGAAGAUAUUUUGAAAAUAACUAAUUAUAUGACUAAAGAAAUGUUAUGUAAGAAAAAAGAAGUCUUAAAUCGCAAAGAUCAAUGUAAAGUUUUGAAAUCGUGGAACCAAUGUAAAUAUCAAUCAUAUGAAAGUCUUAGAAAGAAGGAAAAGAAUCCAAUCCCGAUACCAAUUUUAAAACAACAAAAUGAACCCAUUGCGGAAAAAGUAGAGCUUGAACCUUGGUUAAUAGAGGAAAUGGAUAAAUCUAUCGCUACUGCUUGGUUAUUGGGUGGAGAAGAUAGUUUAACACAAAUUCUUCAUUUAAUACAUUCAGAAAAUAUCUCUGUUGACUAUCAACACUCUAAAACAUUUGUGAGUACAUUGAUGGUUGCAGCAGGGAGAGGCUACUUGAACAUCGUUGAGCAACUUCUUGACUUAGGAGCUAAUUUGAAUCUUAAAGCAUGUAAUGAGUGGACUGCGUAUGAGUGGGCUAAAAACAUGAAGCAGCAUGAAUGUGCUGAAUUUAUUGAAGCUUACGCAAAAACAUGUAAUUAUAUAUGGAAAGAUAAUGAGAUAGUAAAAGUCAAAAGCUCAAAUAUUUCUGAGAGUGAUAGAUUAACACUUGAUAUUUAUGAAAGUACGUUCAAUAAUGACAAUGUUGAUUAUACACUUAUUUUAACAUUAAUUGUUCAUAUACAUCUUAAUAUGCCUGCUGGAUCUAUUUUGGUAUUUUUACCUGGAUAUGAUGAUAUUGUUACUAUGAGAGAAAGAAUCAAUAGUGAAAAUAAAAUGAAUCAAGGCAAUUAUAUCUUAUAUAUUUUGCACUCUAACAUGCAAACAAAUGAUCAAAAGAGAGUCUUCAAACCUAGUCCUCAGGGCACAAGAAAAAUCAUAUUGUCAACAAAUAUAGCUGAAUCAAGUAUAACAAUUGAUGAUGUAGUGUACGUUGUUGAUUCUGGAAAAGUAAAAGAAAAGUCAUUUGUUGGUUUAUCUGAAGUUUCUAUGCUAAGAUCAAACUGGAUAUCUCAAUCUUGUGCUCAACAACGAAAAGGUAGAGCAGGUAGAUGUCAAAAAGGUAUUUGUUACAGACUUUACUCUUCAAUUAGAUACAGUAAUUUGCAGCUUUACCGAACACCAGAAAUAUUAAGAUUACCUUUACAACAGCUUUGCCUUUAUACAAAGCAUUUAGCUCCUGGAAAUACACCAAUAGGGGAAUUUCUCGCAAAAGCAAUAGAACCUCCUUCGACUGUUGUGAUUAGUAAUGCUGUUCAAUUACUGAAGACAAUUGAUGCACUCGACCCUUGGGAAGAUCUAACAGAACUAGGAAGUCAUUUACUAGAUUUGCCUAUUGAACCAAGAUUAGGUAAAAUGUUACUCUAUGCUGUAGUUUUGAAAUGCCUUGAUCCUAUUUUAACAAUAGUAUGCAGUUUGGCAUACAAGGAUCCGUUUGUGACACCUUAUCAACCGUCAAAAAAGCAAUCAGCUAAACUUGCACGCAAAGAGUUUGCAGCAAAUACUUAUUCUGACCACAUGGCUGUAUUGAGAGCAUUUCAGAUUUGGCAAAACGCAAGGGCAAACGGUUGGGAACGAUCGUUUUGUGAGAAAAAUUUUAUUUCAGCAGCUGUUAUGGAAAUGGUGGUUGGUAUGAGAACACAAUUACUUGGACAGCUACGUGCUUCUGGUUUUGUUAAAACAAGAGGUUCGGGCGAUAUUAGAGACUUAAAUUCAAAUUCUGAAAAUUGGGCUGUUGUAAAAGCAGCAUUGACUGCUGGACUUUAUCCAAAUCUUAUAAGGGUAGAUAGAGAAUAUGUUCAAUUAAGAACACAGAAAGAAGUGAACGUUUUUUUCCAUCCAUCAUCUACUUUAAGAGACAUUUCAAAGUCAUCAAGAACAACAACAUCCCAAGUACAUGCGUUAAAUGUGAGUUCCUUACCAACCGACUGGAUGCUUUACGAGGAAGUGAGCCGAUCUGGUAGAUUUUCUCAUGCUCGAACUGUCACUCUUGUUAAUCCUCUUACUGUGGUCUUAUUUAGUGGGCCAGCUCGGUUGCCAAUGGAUGUAAUUUACGAAGCUGAAUCUACACCAGAGAGCGAGUCUGAUUCUGAAGUUGAAGAAAGUCGUGAAGGAACGACAAUAUUAAAAUUAGACCAGUGGAUAUCAUUUAAAGUAGAUACUGAAGCAGCUCAACUUAUUUUACAUUUAAGACAAAAAUGGAACGCAUUAUUUUUGAGACGCAUGACAAAUCCAAGUAAAAUUAUGUCACAACAAGAUGAGCAAGUCCUCAAAACAUUAAUUACAGUUAUUACAAAUGAAGAACAAGCAUGUGGAUUGCAUCAACCACUUGGUAUAGGACAAAGGCCAAGACCCCUUCUUGUCGAUUAUUAUCCAGCUAGUGCUAAGCGUACUGAUGACGUUGAAGAUAAAAAUCUUUAGGCAGUAUCCGUGGCAAAAGGCUAUUGGUUGAUGAAAAUAAAAAAUAAUUCGUCUACAUAUUAAAUUUUAUUUUUUUAUUAUUAAUGAAGAUUAUAAAAUUUAUUUAUUUUGAUAGAAAACUAGAACCACAAGAAUUACAAAAGAAAAAAUCUUGUAAUAAAAAUGUUGGUGUAUUUUUUUUAAUACUCAGAUCUACGUGUAUAAAUAUACGGCAUACGUGUAUAAAUAUAACAAAAAUAAAAUUAAA